AAGGCGGCGCUGCGGGGCCCCCAGCGGAGCCAGCGGGAGCGGGGCCGGGCCCCGGGCAGAAAUUCAAGCAAAUACUCUGGCUCCUCGUUCCUGCCUGCUGACCACACCAGGGUAGCCAUGACUCAACCCAGCUUCCAGGAGUGAGGGGGAGAGGUGGAGAGAGACCUGUCUCAGACCGAGGCCCCGUGACGGCACCAAUGGAGAGCGUGUACUCGGUGGACCCAGCGCCGGACGGUGCCGGCCCCACCUCGCUGGACGUGCUCAGCUUCCUGGACACCCUGGUGAACAGCACGGAGGAGCAAUGCUUCAGCGCCCGCUCCCGCAGCACCGUCCUGCAAGGGCUGCCGUUCGGUGGCGUGCCCACCGUGCUCGCCAUCAACUUCAUCCUCUGGCUGCUUCUCCUCCUGAUCUUCUCCUGCCUUCGGAAAGCAGCUUGGGACUAUGGGCGCCUGGCGCUGCUGAUGGACAACGAUAGCUUGACAUCGCUUUUCUACGGGGAGCAGAGCGAGAAGGAGAAGUCCCCGUCGGAGAGCAGCCCCCUGGAUGUCGACAACAAGGACGUGGGCUUCUGCUCCUGGCUCAUUUCCAUCUACCAGAUGAAGGAUGAGGAGAUUCAGAGCAAGUGUGGGAUCGACGCCACCACCUACCUCUCCUUCCAGCGGCACCUCCUGGUCCUGCUGAUGCUGGUCUGCGUGCUGUCUGUGGCCGUCAUCCUGCCCGUCAACUUCUCGGGGGACCUCCUGGGACACAACCCCACCCACUUCGGCCGGACAACCAUCGCCAACAUCCCGACACAGGAUCGUCUCCUGUGGCUGCACAGCAUCUUCGCCCUCAUCUAUUUCAUCCUCACCAUCCUCUGCAUGGCUCACCACUCCAUCCAUCUGGAAUACAGAGAGAACGAGAAGGUCGCCCGGACAUUGAUGGUUACCCACAUCCCCAAGGAGAUCACAGACCCUUCCCUUAUCGUCAAGCAUUUCCACGAGGCCUAUCCCAGCUGUACUGUCACCAACGUCCAGUUCUGCUUCGACGUACGUAAGCUGAUGAAGCUGGAUGUGGAGAGGCGCAAGGCAAUGAAGGGGAGGCUUUACUUCACCACCAAGGCACAGAAAGAGGGGAAGAUCAUGAUCAAAACCCACCCUUGUGCCCGCAUCUUCUGCUGCCGCUUCUGUGGCUUUGAGCAGGUGGACGCCGAGCAGUACUACGGGGAGCUGGAGGAGAAGCUCACGGAUGAGUUCAACGCCGAGCGCAACCGCAUCACGCUGAAGCGGCUCGACAUGGCCUUCGUCACCUUCCAGGACGAGCGGAUGACGGCUGUGAUUUUGAAGGACUACAGCCACAUCCACUGCCGCAAGCACCCCCAGCAGUCCUCUGUGACCACCGUGGUCAAGUCGCACCACUGGGGCGUGCGCUACGCCCCCGCACCCAACGAUAUCAUCUGGGAGAACUUGUCGGUCCGUGGAACAUCCUGGUGGCUGCGAUUCAUCCUCCUUAAUAUCUGCCUCUUCAUCCUCCUUUUCUUCCUCACCACACCGGCCAUCAUCGUCAAUACCAUGGACAUGUUCAAUGUCACACGGCCUGUGGAGAGCCUCAAGAACCCCAUCAUCACCCAGUUCUUCCCCACGCUGCUGCUCUGGGCCUUCUCUGUCUUCCUGCCGUUCCUUGUCUACUACUCAGCCUUCUUCGAGUCGCACUGGACAAGGUCAAGUGAGAAUCAGCUCACCAUGCACAAGUGUUUCUUCUUCCUGGUGUUCAUGGUCAUCAUCCUGCCCUCGCUGGGGCUGACCAGCUUGGACCUCUUCUUCCGCUGGCUCUUCGACACCCACUUCCUGGACGAGGCUGACAUCAAGUUCCAGUGCGUUUUCCUCCCAGACAACGGCGCUUUCUUUGUCAACUACGUCGUCACCUCCAGCCUGAUCGGGACGGCCAUGGAGCUGCUGCGCAUCCCUGGCCUCCUCGUCUACACCGCCCGCCUCUGCCUCGCCAAGUCCGAGCCCGAGCGGCUCCACAUCAAGCGGAGCCAAGCCUACCAGUUCCAGUUUGGGCUGGAGUAUGCCUGGACCUGCUGCAUCUUCUCCGUCGUCAUGACCUACAGCAUCACCUGCCCCAUCAUUGUCCCCUUUGGUUUGCUCUACAUGCUGCUCAAGCACAUGGUUGACCGGUACAACAUCUACUACGUGUACAUCCCCACCAAGCUGAACCAGCGCCUCCACAUCGCCGCCAUCAGCCAGGUCGUGGUGGCCCCCAUCCUCUGCAUGUUCUGGCUGCUCUUCUUCUCCGUCCUGCGCCUCGGUCCCACCCGCCCUGUCACCCUCUUCACCUUUGUGGGCCUCCUCUCCUGCAUCAUCUUCUCCUUCUUUGGGCUCUGCCUGAAAAAGCUGCAGCCACGGAAACCAUCCAGCUACCAGAUGUCCGAUCAGUCCGAGGGCGCCUUCAACGAUGCCGAGCGGAGCAGCGUCUCCUCCACCCCCAACUCCAACCUCUUCGUGGCCACAGUCCUGCAGGAGCCUGAGCUGAGCCUGACGCCGGCGGCCUCCCCGGCACACCAGUCCUACGGCACCAUGGGCAACCACCUGGAGCCGGCAGAGGAUGGGGAGGACGGGGGCCUGCAGAGCUUCGAGACGGAGCUGGAGACGGUGGAGGGCGAGUACAGGACGGGCCCCGUGCUGGAGAGCCAGCCCCGCUACCAGUGAGCAGCCCCGCUACCAGGGUGAGAGCCGAGAGCAGAGGAUGUGCAGGGGGCAGGAAGGAGCCCACCUGCGGCCCCCAGCGCCUCGCACCGCCCCUGCUGCCAGCACCGACGGGUGUCCACUUUGCUGACGGACCCACGCACGGGUGAUGCCGGACAGGGGGACAGCAGGACUGAUGCGAGGGGGGUCCCCAGCCCAUUGCAAGGCAGCGUGGCCCUGCUGUUCUGGAGCAGCUCGGCCACCCUGUACCCCUCUGUCCCUGUCUGCCUCUUCCAGCCCAGGGUGGGGAAGAGGAGGUGCAGCCCCGUGAGGUGAGGUCUCCUGAAAGACCUUACUGCAAGGAAAGGAGGGAGGCCCUGCCUGCAGCUGCAUGUCCUCUCGGCCACGCCAAACCUUUGCUUGCCCACCCGCUGCUGCUGCUACCCAUGACAGCUGUUUUGCUCCUUCCCGUGGCCCUGGGUGCUGGCUCCGGCCCCCAACACCACCCCCAGGGCUUCACUGAUUAAAGCGGGGGCUGCUGAGAUGCUCGUGUUUUGGCCUGCGUGAGUGCACGGGGCUGGAGCAGCUCCUCCUGCUCCCACGCCUGCCUGAGCACCGGCCGUCCUUCCUGGGGGCAGCAUCAAAACGCACACCCCGCUCUCCCGUGGCACCAAGACCCCCAUCCUGGCAGGGUUCACCCUGCCCUAUGCCCUCCCUCUGCUGCUGCAACGUGCUUGUGCCCUCGGGUCUUCAGGGAUGAAUGUGUUUCGUGGCCAUGACAGCAGCUGCCUUUUGACAGUAGCGCCCAUCUUCCCACUCCUGCUGCCCGUGCUCCCCCUGGGACAGGCCAAGGGGAUCUGCAUGGCUCCAUCCCAUUGCAACAGAGACAGGGGUCCUGGCAGCACCCCCAGCUUGCCCAGGAGCCCCUGGAGCACGAAUCCUGCUCUGCUGGAUGUAUGCACGCCUGCUCCUGCCCCAGCAGCAUCCCUGGGCCUUCUGGGGUCUUGCUCAGCAGCCACAGAGGCCCCAGGGAGCAGGGGCAGGUGCUGGCCCUCAGGGUGGGCGUGCUCAGCCCCACUUAGCCCCAGGUGGUUCCCUGCUCGGGGCAGAGCCCCAGCAGGUAGGCGAUGAGCAGAGCGGUGCCAGUGCCCGGGAUCUCCCCACCACUGCCUCCUGGAAACGCAGAGAGGAGCCCUUGAAAUCCCAUCCCUUGCCAUGAGUCAGCCACCUCCUGUGUUGCCGUCUGCCCAGGAGUGGGGCAGUGCCGGGGCAGUUUCUCCCCACUCUGCUGCUGUGAUAUGGGGCGGGGAGGGGGGGAACAAGCUGGCGCCUGUCUGUGGGUGAUGCCCAGGAGCUCGCCUGGGAUGUGGGAGAGCUGAUUUGGGUCUUCCUUCUGCAAGGGAGACUCAUGUUUGCAUCGCACUGCUGAGGGGGGGGGGUGUGCCCUGUCCCCCACCACUGCCCAUCCCCAGGGGUGGCACAGGGGACACGUGCAGGGGACAGCACUGCGGGGACAUCCAGUGCCACUUCCCCUGCCCAGCAUUACAGAAGCUGUCAGGUACGGGGGCAAAGUGCACAAAUCCCUGGGGAGGGUACAGGCAGCCCAGCGGUGAGCCGUGGGCCUGAGCUCCCUGGACUGGCAGCCCCACUGACCCCUUGCCCCUGCAUGCCCAGGCAGUGGCUGUGGCACCCAAAAACCACCCGGCGGGGCUCCUGGCUCCCUGCCCAGACAUCCUCACCACUGCUCGUCCCGGGGCUGCCCCGGAUGGCAAGAUGCUGGUGGCCCCGUCUGGCGACUCGGUGGCCACUCUCCAAGGGUCAGCAGGUACCUGUGAGCAGCACCGUGUCCUGGGGAGCUCGGGCUCCGGCUGCCCUUGGCUGCCACGCUGUAGGAAUGUGCCAGAGGUCUGUACCUUCUCGUUAUUUAUUGCUAUGACCGUGCCUUGAAUAAAAUGACUUCACCCA